GUAUGCUGGCAUCAAGAAGCUGAAUCAGAAGCCGUAAAGUCGCAACACGUUUGUCUUAUGAGAAUUAUCGCUCUGAGACGACAGUUGAUGAUGAUGUCUGUGAUGACGGUUAUGAGCAAAGAAAAUUCAAGAAGAAUGUCGGAGAAUCGGAAGGGAGACACAGCACUCCAGCUUUGCCACAGCAAGGAAGACUCGCACGAGGAGGACGCCGAGGAGAUGUAA